AUGAAAAGUAAUGAAAAAUUUUCUUUAAACAAAGAAAUUUCCUCAGAAAGAGAAAAAUUUCCCCCUACUCAUCCCGGAAAAAUAAUUGAAAGACGUUUCUUUAAAACUCGCAACCUAACAGCAGAAAAAGUUGCCAAAGAUACUUGUUUGCCUCUUUAUCAAUUACAAGAAUUAGUGGAGGGAAAGAGAGAUAUCGACAUUGACAUAGCUGCCAGACUUGGUAUCUAUUUUAAAUGGAGUAAGGAUUUACAAAGGAGAACCUGGGAGGAAAUGGCUACUUUAUUUGCUUUUGCGAAUGAUUUAAAGAAGUUAAAGGAAGUAUUUGGCACCGAUUUAGAACAGCUAAAAGGAAAACGAAAUUACAGGCUCAAUUAA